GCCACCACCACACUCAGCUACGGAGGCCCCCAAAGCACAAAUGUCUCCCAGCCCUGGCGUAUCCCGAUAGGUUUUGUCCUUCAUACUCCCGGUCCAAAGGCUCUGCUUUCAGUUUUUGUUAGGAAUUCGGAUUCGCGCGUUUCUUCUGGUGGCGGGAACUGUAGCGCUCUUCACGGAAGCCAAAGAUUUACAUGUGGUACCCAUAAAAGAUGAGACUGAGAACAAGGAAAGCUUCUCAGCAAUCAAAUCCAAUCCAAACACAACGUACUGCCAGAGCAAAGAGGAAAUAUUCAGAAGUUGAUGAUAGCCUGCCUUCAGGAGGAGAAAAACCACCGAAGAAUGAAACUGGCUUGUUGUCUUCGAUUAAAAAAUUCAUUAAAGGAAGCACACCUAAGGAAGAGAGAGAAAAUCCUUCGAAGCGGAGUAGAAUUGAACGUGAUAUUGAUAAUAAUUUGAUCACUUCAACACCAAGAACAGGAGAAAAGCCUAACAAACAGAUAGCUCGAGUAAGACGGAAAAGUCAAGUAAAUGGAGAAGCCGGUAGUUAUGAAAUGACAAAUCAACAUGUAAAACAAAAUGGAAAAUUAGAAGAUAAUCCUGCAACUGGCAGUCCUCCACGGACUACAUUGUUGGGGACCAUAUUUUCUCCUGUCUUCAACUUUUUUUCACCAGCAAAUAAAAAUGGAACAGCAGGAUCAGAUUCCCCAGGACAGGCUGUGGAAGCUGAAGAGAUAGUGAAACAGCUUGAUAUGGAACAGGUGGAUGAGAUCACUACCAGUACGACUACUUCAACUAAUGGAGCAGCUUACUCAACUCAAGCAGUUCAAGUGAGAUCGUCGAUAAAUAAUGGUUUAGAAGAAGCUGAAGAAACCGUUAAUCGGGAUAUCCCACCUCUUACAGCACCAGUAACUCCAGAGAGUGGUUAUUCAUCAGCCCAUGCAGAGGCCACCUAUGAAGAAGACUGGGAAGUAUUUGAUCCAUAUUAUUUCAUCAAGCAUGUUCCACCACUAACAGAAGAACAACUGAAUCGGAAACCUGCUCUUCCAUUGAAAACAAGAAGCACACCAGAAUUCUCCUUAGUUUUAGACUUGGAUGAAACCCUAGUGCACUGUAGUCUAAAUGAGCUAGAAGAUGCAGCACUUACUUUUCCAGUCCUUUUCCAAGAUGUUAUUUAUCAGGUGUAUGUGAGAUUAAGACCAUUCUUCAGGGAAUUCCUGGAACGAAUGUCUCAGAUGUAUGAGAUCAUUCUUUUUACUGCUUCUAAGAAGGUGUAUGCAGACAAGUUACUGAACAUACUAGACCCAAAAAAGCAGCUGGUCAGGCAUCGACUUUUCCGUGAACAUUGUGUUUGUGUACAAGGAAACUAUAUAAAGGACUUGAAUAUCCUGGGAAGAGAUCUUUCAAAAACUAUAAUAAUUGACAACUCACCACAAGCCUUCGCAUAUCAGCUUUCUAAUGGAAUCCCUAUAGAAAGCUGGUUUGUGGAUAAAAACGACAAUGAACUCCUAAAACUGAUUCCAUUUCUGGAGAGGCUUGUAGAACUGAAUGAAGAUGUCCGACCUCACAUCAGAGACAGAUUUCGCUUGCAUGACUUGCUGCCCCCAGAUUAAAUACAAAGACUUGUCAGAUCACUGAAGGGGGAGAGAAUGCAGAACCCUUUUGGACUAAGACAAAAACAUUGCCAUUACUGUUGAAAUUUUGCAUUUUUGUACCCCGUCUUGCUUUUCUUAUCUUUGGUGCCCAAUGAUAAUCAAGGGUUACAGAGAGAGACUUUAUCUCAAGAUUGAACACAUGCAGUAGGUAGGCUAAAACAGAAGAGUCUUUAGAACUAGUGCAACUCCAGUGAAGUUUUUUUAUGUACAGGACAUCUGCAGUUUAUAAAGAAUUCUGUUUCUGCCACCAGCAGUUCGACCUGUCGUCACACAGGAUUUUAUGAUAAUGACAGAGGUGAAAAUGGACUUUGUUUUCUCUCUGUUUGGUGCUCUAAGUGGGUUUGUAGCCACUUUUCUGUUACUUUUAAGAUUCUCAUUUCAACAGGAAUGGCCAGUAAAAGUUGUUUUAUUUUUCCUGUUAAGGUUUAUAACCUUUUUACAUUUUUGACCUGUAUUAGAUUAGAUUUUCAUUAUGCAUUCCUUUUAGUUGAGGCGCUUCCUAGUUUUCUGGAAAUAGUUUUUAGUUUUUUAUUAUACAUUUGGAUGGCCGUUUUCCUGCUUUGUCUGCCUGCAUAUUGUAUAUUUGUUUAAAAAUAUUCUCUACUUUUAGUCCAUGUAAGUUUCAUUUAGAAAGACAUACAUUUAUAUUUUGUUUCUGUAAUAUUCUACUGUAGGUGAAAUCUUUUCCAAAAUCAAGAGACUGGGUAGAUAUGAAUAUAUGAAUGACUAAUAUUCAAAAGAUGUAAACCAUUGUGAUAGCAUGUAUUCCAGACGGUAAUAUCUUGCAAUGGCACACUGAUUUAAUAGAUAAAGGUAUACCUCAGACUUCACUGUGCUCACCAGUCUUUGAGGAGAUGGAGUCGGGUGCCUGUGGGCUUGGUUUGGUGACCGCUGCCUUUGGCCUGCUCCAGGAAUGAAGUAUUCAGCACAGUGGCUCAGUGUUUUUCGUUACUUUGCAUGGGCUGGUCGUACCUCUGUUAUGCUCUGGGUUACAAUCGAUUCAAAACUACGUGUAACAGGCUUGGUACCUCACAGUAGCUAUGCAUAAUCCUGUGGCACAGUACACUCCCCAGCCACCGACACAGUUAAUAUGCUCUCAUAGUGGUUUUCUAUGCUAUAUGAAAAUGGUCUCCAAGCCUUGGCUCUCUAAUGCAGCUACCAUAAAGAGGUUGAUAUUUUUAUAGUGGGGUGUAAUCUCCUUUUCGGGAGGCUUUUUAUGGAAGGUAGAAUUUGUAAAAGUUAGUAUGCUUUGCCUCUCGACUGCAUUAACAUGCCACAGGCUCAGACUGUUUUUGUGUAAAGGAUGUCAAAGAACGGCACUUUUUCUAAAGAGAAGUUUGAUAUUUUGUAUGCUUGUUAAGAAAGUACAGUAUUGGAAAUUAAAGGUGGACAACUGAUAAUUGAGGAGUAUGUCAAUUAAUUUUUUAUGUAUAUUACCUGUUUACUUGUACAACUUUCUUGUACAAAUUACAUGCAGCUUCAUUUUCAAAUGAGUCCUUAAAAUAAGGAAAUCUUUUUAGGAAAACAUUUAAUUUUGUAUUUUUGAUUUUAAAGGCAUGAGUAUGUCCAUUUUCAGUGUAUUAAUGAAGAUUUUAACUUUUCAUCAGGUUGAGUGUUUUCUUCCUAUAUUAUCUGUUGUGUAUGUAGUUAGCAUAUUGUGUCACUGAACUGUUAAAAAAAUUAGCAUGUAGAGCAAGCUGUUUUGUGGAAAAUCCUUAUUCAUUAAAAAAAUAAUCAUGGCAGAUUUUCUGCAAAAAAAAAGCAUUUGCAAUUCAGAAUACUGAUUUUUUUUUUUAAUUAUUUAAAGAAAGGUAUUUUGCUUGCAGGAAAAAAUACUAGAGAUUCAUUUUAAUGAGAAUCUUUGAAAAUGUAUUUAUCUUUAGGGCAUCUGGGCAUUUUUAUGCUGUUUGUCUUCUGUCUUUCUUGAAAUAAAAUGUACAUAACGUUACCUUUACAUAUGCUCUUGCUCAAAAUUGUAAACCUGGUUACAUUUCUCCCUGCUCCCUUCCCUUUAAUGCUCAAGCAAGCAAACCCCAAAACCCAUUCAAGGUUUGUACUUUCAGUGGGCAUUGUAAUUGCUGGAAGUUUGUCUGGUUAAGUCAGUAUCAUUUCAAAGGGCUUUCCCAUACUCCAAGGAAAAUACAAGUCUAUUAUACACUGUGCCUGCGAGCACUUUAACAAUGAACACCAACUUUUAACUAAUCAUUUGAUUCACGGGAAAGCUGUUUUCAGUCCCACGCAAGGAGAGCUAGAAGUCCACUUACAAAUGAAUCACACGUAGCGUAGCUUCUGUAACGGAACGGAGGAAUUUUAUAUGGCCCGAGAACAUCCGACAAUGAUUCCGUUUUUCCUUCAUUACUGUAUUGGAGUCAUUUUAAAUUUGUUAAUACAAAGCUUUAAAUAACCUCUUGUUAUUUAAAGAGACCAUUUGUUGUCCAGCUUUCCUCCACCUAUAUAAAAGCUUCAUCUUUCCAUUCUUUUUGUUUUUGGUGCGUGUUAUCUUAAACACUUGUAUUUAAUUAAAUAUAACUGUAUAUUUUAUAAAUUGAGAUACGCCCAGCCCUUCAGCUCACAAAGGACAUGUGAACUGUUAAGCGACUGACUAGUAAAUGGUGAUACCUGAUGGGACACAGCAGAAGUGACCUGUGUCCACAUGACCACUCUCAAUACAUAUUGAAAUUGUGGUAUUUCCAAUGAUAGAUGUCUGACUUUUAAGACAUCCUUUUAAAUAUUUGUAUCAUUGUUAGGAUGUUCUAAUCAGUUGUGUUUUUUAAUUCCAUGUAAUAUAUGUAGCUUUGAUCAGAUUAUAUCACGAUAUUUCUCCUUGGGUCCUAAAAGAGAGUUAUGACAAUUCGUAAACUUAAAUUGUUUUAUAUUAGCUAGUAUAUGUAUAUUUAUUUACCUGAUGGCUUUAUCUGUUUCCCAAUAUUUGUUUGGGAUUGUUGAAACCAUUGUAACUUCUAUAAAUGGCUAUUUUCUUGUAACUGUCAGUGAAAUGAAUAUGUACAUUGUUUGCUUUUUUAUAUUUUUCUGGGUUUUUUAUUUUUGGUUUAGGGUUAGACAUAGAAUGGUUUUAAAACAAAAUGCCUUUGGCCAAUGACUUUUUUAGCUAGAUGUUACUUUCAACCUUGUACAGAAACUCAUUUUCAUUGUUCUGUCAGCUUACCUGAAAACAGAGACUUCAUCUCAUCCAUGAAGAAAGCAUUUCAUUACUUCUACAAAUCUUUCCAGCGAGCACGCACACAGUUCUUCGUAAGGACCAGAUCUCUCCCACGUCCGCGUCAACCACAUGCGGCUGAGAUGUGAAGGACACUGAAGCCCUCGUGACUGUACUACUAUGAUGGUAUUAUAUACUGCAUCAAGAGCUAGUGACGGUUCUCUAGCCCGGCUUCUCUUUGUCUUCCUGGGUAUUUAUUUGUUAGUUAUCUCUCUCAAUCUUGUCUAUCUAAAUUAGUUAAGAGUUACCCAUCGAGUAACUAUGCCAAGCAACUAGGAAAGAAUGUUUAUUUCCCCUUAUAGGGGAAGAGCGGACUGGGAACAAAACCGUGUGGGCCCGAAGGCCUGGGGUUGUUAUUCCUUCACUCUUACUCCUCUCGUGAGCUAGAUUUGAAUGUCGUAUUUUUUCAGUGCCGAUACGCUUACGUUAUUACUUUGAUGUCUUCCCUGAGUUGAAAGCCUGCGAAAGUACGUUCUAAGAGUUCAGAACAAGAACCACAAAACCAAUAUUUGUAUUUAGAUGCUACUUCAAUUAUUGGAAUCUAAGUAUCACGAGGCAGCAUUUUUAUAACAUGUUUCUCUGGAUCUUGAGCUGCAAUCGCCCGGAAGCCAGAGUUCUGGGGAUGUAACGUGUUUGGUGAUCCUUUUUAAGAAGGGGUGAGAACAACGAACGUGCAAUAAUUCGUUUGAGAAUACAAUUUUGAAACCGGUGUUUUUCAUCAGUAGUUCCCAACCUUGUGUGUUAGGAUUACUUUGAGGCCCACCUCAUGGAAACUUGCGUCACUGAGCCCAGAGGGGAGCCUGGCAGUUAGGCGCCUCUGAGAGCUAGGUGUGGGAAAUCACCUUUAAAGCACGUAUUGUAAAAGGCAGCUCUCUUUGCUUUUUUUAAAAGAAACUGGGCCCAGGUUUCACAGGAUCUAUUCAAGAUACAUAGAGGAAGAAUAAAGAAAAUUUAGGCAACUGCUCACUAUCAUUUUUGUCAUAUUAAAAAAAAUUUUUUUUGCAUUUCUAGCACUUGAAAUAGCUCAUCAUAUCUACAGUGGAAGGACAUGUCCCUGAAUGAAACCAUUAUAUAUAUAUUAACUGUAAAAUAUUUCACUAUUUUUUUAUUUUAUAAAUCUUUGUAGAAAUAAGCAAUGGAAUACUGCUUUCAUCUUUUGAAUGGGAUUUUUCAAGGCACUGUCCUUUUGGCAUUAAGGUAGGGGGGAGUUGAUAUUCUCUUUACCUGUUUCCACGAAAAUCAAUAUAAAGUCAUGGACAUUUAAAAAUCUCAAUUUAAUUUCUACUUAUUUACUAUGCAGUAUAGCCAUGAACAAGUAAUGUAGAUUUAGUUUUAUCAUUCAAUGCCCUGCUCACCCUACCUCACAGGGUUGUUGUGGGGAUAAAUAAAACUUUCAUGGAAGCACUUUUCUUUGAUGAUAUUUUAUCAGCCCUUGGAAACAAUAUAAUUUCUAACAACUUA